AUGAAUGAGAUCAACAAGAAUGGGCACCUCUUACCCAACAGCACCCUGUCUUACAUCUUCGCUCACAAUGCUGAGAAUGAAAUGGGAGCCUGUUAUGGGACUAUGGGUCUUCUUUUCCUAAGACAUGGGAGCCUUUUGAAUUACAUUUGUGGCAGGAAGUACAAGUUAAUGGCUAUCAUUGGUGGACUCACCACUCGUAACUCUAAGCAGAUGCCCCACAUCUUAAAUAUCUACAAGAUGCCACAGUGUGCAUUCCCCACAUAUAAUCUUUAUCGGCCAGAUGUAGGAAACUGUACUGGAGAAGAGAGGUUGAGGAGCCUUCCUGACAUUGUGUUUGAAAUGGGGAUGUCUGGUCAGAGCUACAAUAUCUACAAUGCUGUUUAUGCUGUAGCACAUGCCCUCCAUGCCAUGUUUUCUUCACUAAGAUCUAAGCAGAAGGCAAUGGGACAUGAAGCCACAUGGAACCUUCUUAAUGUUCACCCAUGGCAGUUCAUGUUCUUUCUUUCUCCAAUCCAGAUUCACUCCUUUCUGAAACACAUCUGCUUCAACAACACUGCUGGGGAAGAAAUAUCUUUUGAUGAAAAUGGAGGGUUGGCAACUGGAUAUGAUAUAAUUAACACUGUUACAUUCCCCAAUUGUUCCAUCAGUAAAGUCCGUGUUGGACGCUUGGACCCUCAGGUUUCUAUAGGAAAACAAUUCACCAUCAAUGGAAGUGCUAUUGUGUGGAAUCACAAAUUCAACCAGAUUCCACCCGAAUCAACCUGUGUUGAGAGUUGCCAUCCUGGACACAGGAAGAUUGUGCGAGCGGGGGAACAGAUUUGUUGUUAUGCUUGUCCUCAGUGCCCUGAAGGAACGAUAUCAAGCCUGAUAGAUGCAGACCAUUGCAACAAAUGCCCUGAGGAUCAGCAUCCAAACAAGAACCAGGAUCACUGCAUCCCUAAGCGUAUCACCUAUCUAUCAUAUGGAGAACCCUUGGGAAUAAUUCUGGCUUCAUUUGCUCUUUUCCUUUCACUGAUCACACUUGUAGUAAUGUGGAUCUUCUUUCAGUAUCAGAACACUCCCAUUGUCAAGGCCAACAACUGGAACAUCACAUGCACCCUUCUCACUUCCCUAUUGCUUUGCUUUCUGUGCUCCUUCUUAUUCAUCGGACAUCCUGGGAAAGUGGCCUGUCUUCUCCAACAAACAGUAUUUGGAAUCAUUUUCUCCCUUGCAGUUUCUUGCAUAUUGGCUAAAACUAUCACUGUGGUUCUGGCCUUCAUGGCUACCAAGCCAGGAAACAAGAUAAGGAAGUGGGUAGGAAAAAGGUUGGCAGUGUCAGUUAUUGUUCUCUGUACUCUUAUUCAAACUGGCAUCUGUGCAGUGUGGCUGGUAACCUCUCCCCCUUCCCCAGAGUUUGAUAUGCACUCCCAGAUUGCCCAGAUCAUCCUGAAAUGCAACGAAGGAUCAAACCUCAUGUUCUACAUUGUCUUGGGCUACAUGGGACUUCUGGCCAUCAUCAGCUUCACUGUGGCCUUCUUUGCAAGGAGGCUGCCUGACACUUUCAAUGAAUCUAAACUUAUCACCUUCAGCAUGUUGGUUUUCUGCAGUGUUUGGUUGUCCUUUAUCCCAACGUACCUGAGUGCCAAAGGGAAAUACAUGGUGGCUGUGGAGAUCUUCUCCAUCUUGGCCUCUAGUUCUGGCUUGCUGGCUUGCAUCUUUCUCCCCAAAUUCUACAUUAUUAUACUGAGACCUGAACUGAACACCAAGGAUCAGCUUGUAAGGAAAAAUAACUAUGGUACCUGA